GGCUGCCUCGGUGAAAUGCUCUCUAAUGGUUUCUUUAUUUCUAAUUGUUCUCUGUGACUCACUACGGAUUUCCUACUCACGAGACCAUCUGCUAAAAAUUAAGCAACAUUUCUUUAAGGAGCAGCUUUCUUUGAUCUCACCCCCGCCUGUCUUUACAAACACGGAGGAGAUUCUAACACAGGAGGAGGCAAUUCCCACGGAGCCAUGGAUUACUAAAAAAACCAAACGACGGAAGCGAAGGAAGAGAGCAGUCCUAUGCUUCUCUGAAACCUGGUUAAAUGAAUCAAUUGAAGAUAGCAGCCUGAACAUUCCAGGGUUUCAGAUUGAACGAUCAGACAGGAUUACAGAAACAUCUGGUAAAAAGAAAGGAGGAGGCUUAUGCCUAUAUAUUAACAACAAUUGGUGUCAAGAUUUAAAAGUAAUUUACAAAUUCGGUGACAAUUUAGAGACUUUAAUUAUCAACUGCAAACCAUACUAUUCGCCUCAUGAAUUUUCCUCAUUUCUUCUAAUUGCUGUUUAUGUCCCACCACAAGCCUGUGUAAACAAGACAUUAUGAACUCUAGCUGACCAAAUCAUGGAGGCUGAAGCCAAACACCCUGAUUCACUGGCCAUUGUUUUGGGAGAUCUAAACAAGGCAAACUUAAGGAAAGAGCUACCAAAAUACUUUCAGCAUGUCAAUUGUCCCACCAGAGGCAAGAAUACUCUAGACCAUUGCUACACAACACUAAAAGAUGCUUAUCGGUCUUUACCACGUGCAGCUGUAGGACACUCUGAUCAUUGCAUGAUUCACCUUGUACCUGCUUACAGGCAAAGACUUAAAACCACAAAACCAACAAUUAAAUCAGUGAAGACCUGGACGGAGGAGUCAAAAUUAAAGCUACAGGCAUGCUUUGACUGCACUGAUUGGAAUAUUUUUGAAGAUACCUCUGCAGACCUGGAUGAACUCACAGAUACUGUAACAUCAUAUGUCAGCUUCUGUGAAGACCUAUGUGUACCUACAAGGAACUUGCAAAUAUACAGUAACAACAAACCUUGGUUCACACCUAAACUUAAGCAGCUACGACAUUCCAAAGAGGAAGCCUACAGAAAAGGUGAUAAAAUGCUGUACAAUCAGGCCAGAAAUGCACUAACAAGGGAGAUCAGAGCAGCAAAAAGAAGCUACUCUGAAAAGCUAAAGAAUCAGUUUUCAGCAAAUGAACCAGCAAACAUGUGGAAAACUCUUAAAAAUAUCACCGGCUAUGGCAAACCUCCUUCCCAGGCUGAAGGUAAUCAACAACUGGCAGAUGACCUGAAUGAGUUUUACUGCAGGUUUGAAAGGAAACUACAGCCACCUAUCUCCACAACCCCCAUCUCAGACACACCAACAACAGCCAAGCCUCCUACAACUGACCCCAUUUCAUUGGGUUCACACCCCUAGUGAUCACAGAAAAGGAAGUGCAGGACCUAUUUCACAGACAAAAGCCAGGAAAAGCUCCAGGCCCAGACAAGAUAACUCCUUCUUGCUUAAAAGUCUGUGCUGACCAAUUGGCCCCCAUCUUCACCCAUAUUUUCAAUAAAUCACUAGAGAUGUGCUAUGUUCCUUCUUGCUUCAAACGCUCUACCAUCAUCCCAGUGCCGAAGAAGCCCACCAUCAAGGAACUGAAUGACUACAGACCAGUUGCUUUAACAUCUGUAGUCAUGAAAACCUUUGAAAGGCUAGUGCUUUCCUACUUGAAAACCAUCAUGG